AUGUCUUCUAUUCCAGUACCGAUCAAAUCUAGAGAUGAGGGGCACUUACAUGACUUGAUGUCCAGAUCGCCUUUUAGCUCCUCAUUCAUAUCUAGCUCACCUAUAGCUCAAGAAUCACUUGCGCGCGAUUUGGCAGAAUACCCCGCAGAUGAGGUAGAAACGCCAGAGCAGAAUGAAUAUACCAGCUCUGGGGAUGAGUCUUCAGAGGCUUCUACAGUUGGACAAGAAGCGCAACAUUCUAUGACGUAUUCGUAUCGGCGGCCAAGCUUUGUGGCUUUUGGUGGCACUCGUCCUGCCGUUACCCCCCAAUUCAAAGAUACAGCAUGGUUGACCAAGAAGGAAAGGCACGAAUCCAGGAAUGAGGAGAGGAGUCUAUUGAGGGAUAAUCAUCUAGCUCCACCCAAACAUCCCGAACCGGCAAAGCGAAGUGCCUUCAACCGAUUAUACAGAAAGUUGUUUAGCACAAAAAUACCAAAGCCAAUGGAUGACGAAGAAACUGGACCACCAUCGGAGAUUUCAGCAUUGUUGCCAAAUGGACAACACGAAUCUGCGCGCUCACGCCAUGAGAGAUUAAAUAGACAAUGGGAGCAAGCGGUGGCAUCAGGAAAGAUCAAGACAACAUGGCAACGAGAGGCCAAAACUUUAUUGAGAUAUUCGAGUCCAUUGGUUGUGACUUUCGUUCUACAAUAUUCCCUCACUGUUGCGAGUAUAUUUACAGUCGGACAUCUCGGAAAAGUAGAACUGGGGGCGGUCAGUUUGGCUAGUAUGACGGCAAAUAUAACCGGAUAUGCUAUUUAUCAAGGUUUGGCUACAAGUUUGGAUACGCUAUGUGCGCAGGCAUACGGAUCUGGCAGAAAGGGUCUCGUUGGGUUGCAGCUGCAGAGAAUGGUAUGGUUUCUCUGGGCUCUAACAAUACCAAUUGGCAUAGUUUGGUUGAGUGCGGAGAAAAUCUUGGAAACUAUCGUACCAGAGAAACGUUCGGCGGAGCUUGCAGGCCUGUAUCUACGAAUUCUACUUCUUGGAGCUCCCGGAUUUGCACUUUUCGAAGGUGCGAAGAGAUAUGUGCAAGCGCAAGGAUUGUUUUCCGCCACCACUUAUGUCUUGCUUAUCUGCGCACCUCUUAAUGCUUUCAUGAAUUGGUUGUUUGUCUGGAAGUUUGAGUGGGGAUUUAUUGGAGCUCCUAUCGCUGUUGCUGUGACGGAUAAUUUGUUACCUAUUUUGCUAUUCCUCUACGUUCGGUUUGUGGAUGGAAUGGACUGUUGGGAUGGAAUGACAUGGAGAGCUUUUCAUAACUGGGGUCCGAUGAUCAAACUCGCCGUUCCUGGUCUCGUUAUGGUAUUGGCCGAGUAUCUAGCAUUCGAAGUCCUAACUCUAGCAUCGAGCUACUUUUCCGUAACGCAUCUCGCUGCUCAAAGUGUUCUAACUACCUUGACUGCUUUAACUUUUCAAAUCCCAUUCUCGAUUUCUAUUGCAGCGUCCACCCGUGUGGCAAACCUCAUCGGUGCCACACUGUCAGAUGCAGCUAAAACUAGUUCGAAAGUGGCCAUCUAUGGCGCUUGCCUAGUCGGACUAUUCAACUUCACACUCAUCUUCUCCCUCCGCAACAUCGUCCCCCGCCUUUUCACCGAUGAUCUCGACGUCAUAAAUAUCGUUUCCAGCGUCUUACCUCUAUGCGCUGCGUUUCAGCUCUUCGAUGCGCUAGCCGCUAAUUGUAAUGGAUUACUCAGAGGACUAGGAAGACAGGAAAUUGGAGGAUAUGUCAAUAUAUUUUGCUAUUAUGUAUUAGCGAUGCCAAUUAGUUUUGGUACGGCAUUUGGACUCGGAUGGCAAUUGGAGGGAUUGUGGUUGGGAGUAGCGCUUGCGUUGGGAUUGGUGGCGGCAAUUGAGGGGUGGUUUUUGAUGAGGACGGACUGGGAGAGGGCAGUGGAGGCAGCACAAGAGCGAAAUGCGGCGGGCUAA